UACAAACACCACUUCCCUAUCACAAACAUGAACACAAUCUGCUGUUAAGGCCAUGCAUUACCUGCAGGCCUCCGCUCAGGCCUCUGACCACGAUAUUCCCGACAACAACACUUAAUCGUGAAGAAAAUGGAUCACAUCCAGUCGCUCUCCAACUCCACGCUCACCCGGUCGUCCUUGGACCUUUUGCUCGCGGUUCCCCGACUUGCGCAACGCGCUGGUGAGUUUGCCUUGAUAUAUCUCCCGGAACAGCUCGAUGCUAUCAUCGGCAAAGCGCGGAGUGGCGGAAGUAUGAUUGCGGAUCCGACAGCACCCGAUACUAAUCACUCCGCUAUCAUGACAAGCCUGGGGCAGUUCGUGCAAAAUAGCAUAGCCUCUGCAACCGCCAGUCCAACGACAUCUGGCACCACGUUAGAUACUGCGAGCCCUUUCAGUAUGACCAGUAUUCGUAGCUUCGGCGGGAUCUUCUCCUACUUGAUGUCGAAGUGGGCGUUGGCAACAGUCAUUACAGCCAUUGUUUUGAAUCGAACACAGUUCUACGCUUCCUCUCGUGUCCCGUUGAAUCUUCGGUGGUAUCUACGCCUCUCAUUAUAUCUCAUACCGAUCGCAACCUUUCUAUUUCAAAUUGUUCGGAUUCUACAAGCAUUACGCUGUCAAACAUCGCCCCACUGGCCCUCCAUGCAAUACGGGAAAGAAGGUCAGACUCUUGAGAUCGAUUAUGCGGCCGAGGGAGGAUUUCUGCAUUGGCUCAGCUCAGCUCUGUUGUUCUGGGAAGAUGAAAUGGCGUCGUGUGAUGCAGUGAACAUGCUACCCAAGGGCGGAGAGACGCUUCGGGCUGCGGGCUCCAUGAAGUUAUUGUGGCCGUUGUUCUGUUCCCUUGGUUUGAGCCAGUUCAUCGAGACGCUUGCUUGCUCCCUUCAAGGCCGUACUCCCAUGCCAGAGACUGGCAUGACCAUUUUUGAGCAUUCUCUCGCCUUCGCGGAAGCUGAGGCUACAAUCACCCGACCGUUCAUCAAAUAUGCGGCCAGGGCCGCCAAGGCCGCAUCUUCAGCGUCAAGUCCCCUGGACACCACGAUCAAGACAGUCACACGAUCCGCGUUAUUACAGGCUACCAAUGUUCCAUCCGAAGUCCUGGUAAUUUCACUGAUAUCAAGCCUGAGUCAUCUCAGUAGUAAUGUCUUAGCUGUGGCUGGGCUCCGGACCAAGUUACGCCUUGUGAAUACUGGUAUCUGGGGACUGUCUUACCUGGGUGUCUUCAUGUGGAGCUUUUCCCGGGCUGUGUCUGGAGUUCACCAGUCAACACUUGAUACCGGGAUCUUACGUUUUCCGACCGUUUGCAUUGUUGGGUUCAUUCCGCAUCUAUUAAUAUUUAUAGGAAUGUUUGGAUGUGCUGUAAUCUAUGGUAUGGCGAUGUUGCUUACAGCAAUUGCUCUUCCUCCGGUCGAGGAUGGGCCUGAAGGCUUCAUCGCUCGCGUAUCUGCACGUAUCUCAGCAGCGUACAGCAAUCUCCAAGUUAACGUUUAUCUACGCGCUACACCGGCUAUCCGUAUCAAUUGGAACGAGGACUUUUAUACUGCCUUGCUGAAGAUAGGAUUCACCGUACUUACGGCUGCGAGUGAAGCAGUCUAUUUGAAUGAAGGCACUAAGGUCGCUGUCCAUUCCUCAACGUGGCUAGAAGAGAAGAGAAUAAAAGAGUUCGUGAGGGAACGCAAAGGCUUGCAGCGCAGCAUUGAGUGCAUACCCGUGGAACUUGUUGAAGACUCGAUUGCUGAUGGUGUCGUAUCUUUAAAUGAUGCAACUGGCUCAGUGGGGAUAGGGCAUGUUUCCGGUUACAGCCGUGAGAGAAAAGCACGGGGGCGACAAGGCACGGCCAACAACACAGUGAUCGGGCGAGAGCAUGGUGUAGGUUUUGUCCAACGUCGCUCGAGAUGGGUCUUAGCUUUUCAGUUUCUCACUGGGCUAGUCUGGCUGAUCAUAGGUCUUGCCGCGCGUGCCACACUCUCGACUCUACAAACGCUGAGGUUACCGUAUAGGCCACGCUGGCUGUCGCGAGUGAUAGGACCAGAAAGUAUCAGUCUGAGUACGCUCGCUCCGAAGAGCCAGCAACGACCUACUGGUACACACCCCGACACGCUUCAGUUCUGGGUUGUGCAACCGGAUGGUAGCCUUGGUAUUCCUGAUGAUGACGAAGUCGACGUUGAACUCGAGUCAAGACGGAGAUAUCAUCAGCAACAAAAUGGGGCAGACGUCGAACAGCGACUAGACUCAUAUUUGUACGACUGGUGGAAGACUGGUGGAUGGUGGGGCAAUAUUGAUUCGAGCGGCGACUUUGAAGCCGCCGUUUAUGAUGACGAUGACCUCACUAGCAUUAUUUCGACCACUGAUGCUAGUGAAAUCGACUGGGUCGAAUCUGAACCUGAAGACGGCCGACGCACACCAACUCAAAGUAAUCCCUGUCCUCAAUCCAGAGAUAGUACCCCUAUCUUCGACGAUCUGCUCGACUCAACGCAUCUCGCCACUCUCCUCGACCCUACUACCCCUUUGCAGCAAGAGGAAGCCCGUCUCCUUGCUUCGCACCUCCGCAGCAGCAAACCCCUAACGCGAUUGCAACAUCGCAAAGCUGUAGCGCAGGAGCGCUCGCGCAUUCUCACUUCGUCUGUGGGUUAUUCGACGGCGGAUCGCACACCGGAAGAGGAGGAACGCGCGCUUGAGACAUUCCUGCUGGAGCGGCGUUCCCACUCAGACGCCUCGAAGGCGAGACUCAACGGCGAGAGCGGAUCAUGGGCAGCCGGUGCUGAGGGCAUGGGAUCUGGGGGGCCGCAAUGCGUCGUGUGCCAGGCGAGUCCGAGAACUCGGACCAACCAAGCCAGCUCAAUGGGUAGACCGCGAAAAUAUGACUAUCUGGAUAACUACCAGACCGAAAUUAUCGCCUUGUAUACUGAUAACACCACUGUCUCCCAGCUCAUGGUCUACUUACAAGAGAAGCACGGCAUCACUGUCCCAGACCGUUCAAUCAAACGUCGUCUGAGAGACUGGGGUAUCUACAAGCACAGAAGAAAAGUGCAAACAGACGAGAUCAAGGAUCGAAUCCAAGGGUUUUGGGAUGAGGGACUUCUUGACGAUGACAUGACCAAAAUCCUCAAGGACGAGGGAUAUCCAAUGUCAAAAGGAUCUGUCAGGAGACUCCGUACAGAGAUGGGGUUGAAAAGACGUGACGCGAACGGUGGCCGUGGCCCUUAUAUUGCCCAACCGACACGUGAUGCCAGUUCUUCGAUACCUAUGAAUCAGCCGGCAAAACCAGUCUCAGAAGAGCUAGAAAACACAUCACGACAAGUCAUCACUGAUGAUCUCGCCGAUCGACUCGACCGUCCUCUCCAGACCCCCAUUCCACCCUCAGUACAAGAUCCCGCACGCAGUCCACAAAACUCCACCGAAUCCACUCCAACCGGCAAACGCAAACGCGGCUGUCCCCGCAAAGACCCCAACGAUCACUCACCCAAGAAAGCGAGAUAUACGCCCCGUCAGAAAGGCAAGGCGCCCACCUCAUCCACUUACCACGAUCCAAACGCUCCCGACCCGCCUUUCACUCGGGAGGAAUUCGACCGUAUCAGGGAAGAGAACAUCGAAGUGCGCCAACUCAUGGACGCCCUGCGCGACGAAGCAGACGAUAGCAAAGCCAAAAUGCUCACCAAAGCGCGCGACGAUGCCGCUAAAUACCGCCAGAUCCAGCAACUUGAAGCUGAAAUCACCGCGUUGCGCGUCGAACGCGACCGUCUCUUGCAUAGUGCGGGCGAUGAGCGCGCUUUGGCAAUCCAGACCUCCAAGAACGCGGAGAUAGACCGCCUUAAGGGGGUAAUGGCGGAUACCAGGCGCGCGUUUGAGGGCGCAUGUGUGCGUGUUUUCAGGUACCAAUCCAAUUGCCGGGGGUUUAUAGAAGAUUUGAGGAGGAGAGAUCCGAAUCAGAACGGCGAGGCGACGGAAAGUGAGGUUUUAUGUGAUGAUUUGGAGACUGUCUUUACAGAGCCGGAGCUCAGGUCGAUUAGGGCGCAGAUCUGAGGUGUGAGCAUCCUGUGUUCGUCACAUAAAACGCCACAUCCAGAGCUAAAUUGAUCACAUGAAGCGUGUACAGCGGUGGAAAAACCAAGAUUCGUGGUGGGCUGUAUGCGAAAGCCAUGAUGUAGGAAGCAGCUGUUCCCGUCCGCAGCGACGACCUCUUUGUCUAAGUGGGUUGGGCGAGUGUCAUAACCUCAAGUGUGGCAUAGUCUCGACAGCACUGGUUCAUAGACAUCUUUGCGUCACUAGCGCAGGAAGGAUUUGGAGAGGCUAUCUACGAUUUAUCUAGUCAACUUCAGUCCGAACAAGGC